AUGUUUCUCAUUACGCACUCGUCCCCCCGUACUCAGUGCGGCGUGCAGCCGCGCGUGCCGCACAGCGCGUACGGCACGUACGGCGCGUACAGUACGUACAGCACGCGCCGCACGCCCGCUAAUUCUAGAAUGAUAGGCAGUGAAAAGAGUGAACAAAAUUCCAGGCCCUUUCAGGUUGCAUUAUAUUUACGAGUGGGCACAACAGGACAGCUAGGUUUCUGCGGCGGUUCCUUGAUACACCAGCAAUGGGUUAUCACUGCUGCACAUUGCUGUUUUCACGACGAUGUCAUAGUAGAUAAUGUUCAGGUGAUUCUAGGAGCGCAUUCUCUCUACGACAGGUAUGAAAAUGGUCGUCGAGUUGUCAAUGUGGAUCUAAUAGAAAUACAUCCCGAUUGGGACCCAACUACUUUUGCUAACGACUUGGCCCUUCUGAGACUAGCCAAUGUUGUGCAAUUAACUGAUACUGUCGAUGUGGUGAAGUUGCCUUAUUUGAACAUAUCGAACCAUAACUUUGCUGGAGCAGCUGGCACUGUGUCGGGCUGGGGUAUUGCUGGACCUCAGGUAACGUUUGUGUCCCCGACGCUCCGUGGGAAGGUGAUGACGGUGACGACAAACAUCUUCUGCAAUACGACGUACUUCAACCGUCUGCCGCCUAACGUCGUAUGCGGGUUUAGCUCAUCCGCUGGCACUUGCAAGGGAGAUAAUGGUGGACCGAUGACGAUCUUUUAUAACAACACAGAAGAAGACAUUUUGAUUGGAGUGGCAACGUUCAUCGACGCGAGUGGGUGCAAUGACGAAGUACCUUCAGUAUUCACAAGGGUCCAGCAUUACCUGGACUGGAUCAGUAACAUAACAGGAAUUUUAUUGCAAUAUGAACGAGUUCGAAAAUUAAUUGGUAAUAAGAACAUUUUUGAAUGGCAGCAGACAUUGCCCACAUGUUACUGCUGGUUUGUUGAUAUAACAAUGCGUCUGUUGAUCGUUCUGUCCGCGAUUGCGGCGGCCAGCGCCCUCGUGGAGGUGGAUCUCUCCAAGGAUUACCACAUCAAUAUCGGCAUUCCAGCAGCAACCAGGAUCAAACAAGUGGAAGAUGAAGCUAUGGCGAGUGGAUCCAAAAUUGUUGGCGGUGCUUUUGCGCCCGCUGACGCUUACCCGUAUUUGGCAGGACUGGUGAUUAGGUUCCACGACCACAUGGGUACAUCAGCCUGCGGAUCAACCCUGGUUUCUCUUAACCGUCUUGUAACCGCCGCACAUUGCUGGAGACACACUUUUAGUGCGAGCGAAUUUACUGUUGUCCUCGGUUCGCAAUUCCUCUUCUACGGCGGCGAAAGAAUCGUCACAAACCAUGUGGUUAUGCACCCACAGUAUAUUCCAUCGAUGUUAAUGAACGAUGUUGCCAUUAUCUAUCUACCAAGGAGAGUUACAGUGUCGUCAAGCAUUAGACCCGUCUCCUUGCCUCACAACGACCUUUGGAAUACGUUUACCGGUGAAUGGGCAAUGGCAGCGGGAUACGGGAAGACCAGUGAUUCGCAAUCAUCCAUUACCACAGCAGCGCAAGUCAGCCACGUGAUGCUGCAAGUUAUAAGCGAAGUGCUAUGCCGUGCUUCCUUCGGAAAUAUAAUUCAAGCCAGCACUCUAUGCACGAGCGGCGCUCGGAGUACCGGCAUAUGCUCUGGGGACUCUGGUGGCCCUUUGGUCGUCAAACGCAACGGAGAAGACAUUUUGAUUGGUAUCAGUUCUUUCGUGGCCAACACUGGUUGUCAAAACUCACAUCCCUCUGGAUUCGCUCGAGUUACCAGCUUCUAUAACUUCAUAAUGCAGCACAUGUAAAAUAAUGAUAUGGUGUCGUUAGAUUCAAUGAAAUUAUGGUACCACGCGUCCUCAGACAAUCAAAAUGGCCGCUAG